AUGGUUUUAAAGUAAUUGGAUUAUAAAGGAUUAGACUAAGACCUAAAAAUUAAAAUUCCUUUUUUUAUUAUUUUAGCAAUCAUAAACUUAUUUUAUUUCUUUCUACUUCUUAAUGAAUUAUUAAAAUCUAACUGGGUAGAAUUGAAAGUAGAAUUUGAUAAAGUUAGAUAUAAAAUAAAUGGCUCCUUCAAUUAUGAAACAUUCAUUAUUCAGAAAUCAUUUAGAAAAUAGUGUUUAAAGAAGGAAUCGAAUUUAGACUCGAUAUUAGAAGAUGAAGAAAUAUUUGUUUAGUUAUUCUAAACCAUUUAUUGA